AUGUCCACUUCUUCUAUUUCAAUGAAUAAUACAAUUGAAGAAAAUCCAUACCACUUGCAGAGUGGUGAUUCUCCAGGUAUAAUGCUAGUUUCAAAUGUCCUCACUGGGGAGAAUUAUCAUACAUGGAGCAGAUCCAUGAUGAUGGCUUUGAAGGCAAAGAAUAAAAUUGGGUUUGUGAAUGGUACAAUAACUCAACCAUCAACAGCAGAUGCUUCAAUUGCUUUAUGGGAAAGAUGCAAUAAUAUGGUGUCUUCUUGGAUCAUCAGCUCAGUGUCAAGAGAAAUUGGAGCCAGCAUCAUUUGCUCCAGAACAGCCAAAGAUAUGUGGCAAGAUCUCAAGAACAGAUUUACACAGGGAAAUGGGCCAAGAAUUUUCCAACUUCAGAAAGAUUUAUCAAUACUAACUCAAGAAGAUAUGUCGGUAAGAGAUUACUAUACAAAAUUCAAGUUUUUAUGGGAUGAAUUGGCUGAUUAUAAUCAAAUUCCCACUUGUUCUUGUGGUGUAUUAAGAACCUAUGCUUGUGAUGCUAUUCGGGAGUUUUUGAAAUAUCAAGAUAAACAACAUGUUAUUCAGUUCUUGAUGGGAUUGAAUGAAGUUUUUUCUCAUGUUAGAGGGCAGAUUUUGAUGAUGGAACCUUUACCAGGAAUAGACAAAGUUUUUUCCUUAAUGGUUCAAGAAGAGAAACAAAGAGAAAUCAGCAAAACUGGAGUAAUUGACAGUGUUGCUUUCAUGAGUAAAAUGCAAGAAGCAAAUUCAUCAGGUUACAAAUUUGUUCCUGGAAAUUAG